GUGUUGGGGAAGUCUUGUAAGCCCAUCCCAGUGAUGAUUCUGGGUGUAUUUGUACUGAGGAAGAAAUACCCACUGGCCAAGUACCUGUGUGUGCUGUUGAUCGUCAGCGGGGUYGCCCUSUUCCUCUAUAAACCCAACAAGAGUGUCACUUCCACAGAAUCUGCUUURGGCUUCGGGGAGAUCCUGUUGCUGCUAUCUCUGACCAUGGARGGUUUGACUGGUGUGGCCCAGGACCACAUGAGGAGUCUCUUCCAGACCAGUGCCAACCACAUGAUGCUCAACAUCAACAUGUGGUCCACCCUGGUGCUGGGACUAGGGGUYUUGUGGACAGGUGAGGUAUGGGACUUCCUGAGCUUCACAGACCGUCACCCCAGCAUCUUCUGGAACAUCCUUUUGUUUGGAAUAACUAGUGCUUUAGGACAGACCUUCAUCUUCAUGACUGUGGUGUACUUCGGCCCUCUCACCUGCUCCAUCGUCACUACCACACGGAAGUUCUUUACCAUCCUGGGCUCUGUCCUUCUGUUCGGCAACGUCCUCAACACCAUGCAGUGGGUCGGCACUAUCCUGGUGUUCCUUGGUCUCGGGUUUGAUGCCAAAUUUGGCAAGACACCAAAGAAGACCACACACUAAGGAACCUGGAAUAUGUGUCAUGGCAAAACUGACAAACUGAAAGUCCAGUGGACAGAAAUCCAUAUCUCUCUGAUUUUCUUACCACAUCUUGCCUAGGCAGUACACCUACAUACACUUAGUCAUUGUUAGUUACCAUAUUAUCAUUUAGAUUUUUUUUACAUAAUCAUGAAAGAAGCCCCUAUGUUUUCAAACGUCCCCAUUCUCCUGAACCUAUACUACGACAGACAAGCAUCAUCUACUUAGACCGCAAGACCACAUCCACAUGAAGAGGAAAUGGGGCAGAAUGAGAUGGGUGGGCAGAGGAAAGAUGACAACAUGCACGUCAAAUCCCUUGUGGUGGUUGAGGCUGCUCCUCCCAUUGGACUACAUCUAAACCACACAGGCCUAUGAAUCUCAGCCCCAAGAUUUACCUCAUGAACUCAUCACCAAGGAAUGCCUGGUUUUCACUGGUAUUUGUAAUCGUAAAGAAAUUGGUUACAGAAAAACACCCUAAUAAACGAUUAAACAUGUU